CCAAACUUGCCAGUUUAUCCAAAAUUUAAAGCUCUCAUUUCAUUUUAUAGGCCAGUCCUAUCAAUUUCACUCUUUCCUUCUUCAAGUUUGUUAGAGUCAUAGAGUGAGAGAGUUUCGAUGGCGUUACCGGUCGUUGACACAGAGUACCUGAAAGAGAUCGACAAAGCACGUCGCGAUCUCCGUGCUCUCAUCGCUUACAAAAACUGCGCUCCUAUCAUGCUUCGCUUAGCGUGGCAUGAUGCAGGAACGUAUGAUAAGAACUCGAAAACAGGAGGAGCUAAUGGUUCGAUAAGGAAUGAAGAAGAGUACUCUCAUGGUUCUAAUAGUGGCUUGAAAAUCGCUAUCGAUUUUUGCGAGGGAGUGAAGGCGAAACAUUCGAAGAUUACUUAUGCGGAUUUAUACCAGCUUGCAGGUGUUGUUGCAGUGGAGGUCACUGGGGGUCCAACCAUUGAUUUUGUUCCUGGUAGAAGGGAUUCAAAUAUUUGUCCCAAGGAAGGGCGACUUCCAAAUGCUAAACUAGGUUCACCACAUUUGAGGGACAUCUUUUAUCGGAUGGGUCUGUCUGAUAAAGAUAUCGUGGCACUUUCUGGAGGUCAUACUCUGGGAAGGGCACAUCCAGACAGAUCUGGUUUUGAAGGGCCCUGGACUCAGGAACCUCUGAAGUUUGAUAACUCGUACUUUGUGGAAAUGUUGAAAGGGGAGACAGACGGGUUAUUGAAACUUCCAACAGACACUGCUUUGUUGGAUGACCCUGCGUUCCGUCCUUAUGUUGAGCUGUAUGCUAAGGACGAGGAAGCAUUCUUUAGAGACUACGCGGCUUCGCAUAAGAAGCUUUCAGAACUGGGGUUCACUCAAGAGUCUUCUGGGUUCAAGGUAAAGGAUACCACUGUACUGGCACAAAGUGUAGCUGGAGUUGCAGUUGCUGCGGCUGUUGUGAUCCUUAGCUAUUUCUACGAAGUUCGCAAGAAAAUGAAGUAGACGCUGGCUAACCUUCUCAUGUACUGUUAUUUUCUUGAACAAGUCAGUGGCAUUUGCUUAAUUUUCACAGCCCACGAGCUGAGUACUCAAUAUUUGUAUCCAAUAAUAGCCAAAACACAUACUUCUACUCAAUACAAGCAAUCUCUUUUCAUUGCAAA